AUGACCAGUGUAAUCGCUACCACAGCGACUGAUGGAGUAAAGGAAGUAGACGCCGUCACGUCGGAUGAAAAGUUAUGCUGGAGCACGCGCCUUGCAGACAAAAUGUUGAGCGAGCGCGUGAUUCGUUUACGGAUAUACGUUGUUACUAGUUAGUUGUACCAGGUUACCUUUUGCGUGAAUUAGUCUUACGUGAAUCAGAGUAUCAUGACCAUCGAGUGAGGAAGUAGGGACCCUUGGAAGUGUUGGGACAGGAUAAAGCCAUGUGGUGCCACUGCAUUAUCAUCCUAACGAAUAUCGUUCUGAAAAAAAUAUUAGGACAAACCACGACGUCUAACAACUCUCUCCUGGGACGCCGAAGAAGAGGUUCCGAAGAAGAUAAUUGGGCGUAAAAAGGCGAUGCUAGAUGGAUGGUAUCAUAAGAUUGCCACGAUGCUUCCUCAGGUGCCGCAGGAGGUGACUGCCGAACUCAGGAUGAAUCCAGAUUAUGGAGGAACGAUGGUCGUUACAGAUGUGUACUACUACUAUGCUGAAUAACUACGUCUACGCACUGGCUCUGUAGGUACUUGAAACUCGACGAAGUAGGUGUUGAUGAAUGUGAAUCAGUGAGCGCAUAACUCAUACUGUCUGCUUCUUCUAGUACAACAAUCACUUGACAUCUGUUGUCUUGCACAUCACUUGACAUCUGUUGUCUGCACCAGGGGCCCCAUAUGGUUUCUUCUGGCGCUACAACUGCCUGUCCUUACUACUUCGGUGGUUUGAGUGGUAGUAUUUGUAGCUUUCUUCUUCUUCCGCGCUGUUUGUAUCUUGUGAUUUCGAUCAUGACUACAUUCAGGGACAUUUGUCCCUACGGGUGCUGUUAGGAGCGACACUACCAGGGACAUACACAUGACAUAACUCCUACUGUCUUCUUCUCCUUCUUCUUCUAAGCAGAGUCCAUCGUCCUCGAUAUUGGUGCGAAUGCUGGAGCUUUUACGGAUCUCGUACGAAGGCAUUGCAGGAGGUGUAAGAUUUUCGCUUUUGAGUGCGUACCCGAUUAUGCACAAUACAUCAGGGAGCGGAAAAGGCAGGACCGCUUUAUGGACUGAAGAACCUUCUUCACCCAGAUCCAGCGUAGCAAGGUCACUGUGCCAGUUAAAUGACAGCGAGACGGUAUUCCACGAUUGAGAAAUUGACUGUUAGGCUGAGUUCGACCAUGCCUCUUAGAGAAAAAGGACAGCAAGACUCAUAUCCAUGAGUAGCUACUCACUGCAGUCAACACCUUUUCUGUCCCUCUUCAUGCCUCUACUCACCGUGGUCAACAGUUGCGCCUCCGACACGAAUGAUCCAUAUGACAUGAAAAAGUGUCCUCAUACUCAGAAAAUUAGCUGCUUUGCUACUAAGAUCCUGUAGCUAACUUCCUGAGUAUGAGUACACUUAUUCGCUUCAUAUGAAACGCGUUGAAAUCAAACAAGUUCGCUUAUACGAGGCGAUUGUUGGUGGGGGUGCAGGUGUUAUGGCAUCAAAGGACUUCUGGAAACAAGGCUCGGUGAAGGACGAGAUAUAGAGGAUACACGAUCUGCUCCCACUUCGAGGUGCUCUCUCUCGAGACCUGACGGGAGAUUUUAAGCUCGUGGAGAUACAAGACUCUGCACUGCUAGGUGCUUCCCUGAAGAGCCUGAAACCUCUCCCGCAAAUGUCUGCUUUCUCCCUAGUAUGUAAGCAACUAACUCCCUUGAAAGAUGAACCACACAUCUUUGCACUCCUUCGAAGCUAGAUAGUCCACACUUCUCUGCUCUUGAGAACAUAGUUCUCUAAGACACGUCGCAGUCAGCAACAUCAAAAGCAUGUCGGCUUGAUAAAAGUGGAUACGGAAGGUGCCGAACAUCACGUACUUCGAGGGAUGCAAGGCUUUUUGCUGCAGUUGCAAAAAAGACAGAAAAUGCCAGUGCUGAUGGUAUGGAUUGAAUAGUGGCUAGCGGUGUUUCUCGCCAAGUAGAUAUAGCGAGAUUUCUCUUUGCUUUUGGAGACCGUUAGGCACGGGCUUCUUUCCUGCUCGCCAUCGAAGAGAGGGUAGCAGAUAUUCUUGGAUUGAAAAGUGAAACAAACGUGCGAAAAUGUCAAUCGCUAUUCCACCUCACAUUCCCCUCCCACUUUCUAAUCCCCGUCGAGUUUGGUUGGGGACGACAGCAUCCACAUCUAAACUUGGAAUUAGAAAUGUUUGAUUUUCUGGUGCAAGACCUUGGCUACAUCAGUCGUCCUAUUACGGCAAAAGUCCUUGUUACAUCACGUGGCGAGCAAGCUUGAUAUUGCCGUAGCGUUUCCUAUGGCGUUUCCUCAGCCUAUCGUUGACCAUCCGUCGACAUCAUCAUUCUAAUCCAAAGGACUACCGCGAUAUCGACGGGACGAGCGACCUCCUGUUCGUGUUGGAGAAAGAAAUGCAGACAGGAGUAAUAUGUUAUGCUUCGAAGAAGAUAAUGCUGAAAACGUUUUUGAUAUAGAUUUGUUAUUUUUUGUUUGGUAGUACUUUUUUUUAACUGGGCACGUAUGUGGAAGCUGCCUUUUAUUUUACAUAAAUCCCCUCUACAUUCUAAGAUGAACUCGGUCUAUGACAAACAGCAGUGCACGACACAAAAGUGUUUAGAGGACGCUUUGACCCUGCUUUUCACGAGUAGCACACUGUGACAUUUCCGUGGCAACGAGGAUCUUCCAAACAUAAUUUGUCUGCAAAGAAUUUUUGAUGGAUCUGUUCAGCUUCAAGAAUAAUGAGAUCAAUAUUGCGUUGGAAUUCAAAUCUUCCCUGAAGUCAAAUCUUUUUCCUGUGUGAAGACUCUCUGAGCGGAGCAAUGGAUCCUCAUGACACUCAGAAUGAUAUGAU